GGCGCCACAGCCUCCCGGCCGCCGCCGCCGCCGUCUGGAGCCGCCACGGGAAACAGGCGCCGCGAUGCACCUGAAGAAGUACCUGCGGAAGUGCCUGCACCGGCUGCAGAAGGGCCCGGGCUACACGUACAAGGAGCUGCUGGUGUGGUACUGCAACAACACCAACACCCACGGCCCCAAGCGCAUCAUCUGCGAGGGGCCCAAGAAGAAGGCCAUGUGGUUCCUGAUCACGCUGCUCUUCACCUCCCUGGUCUGCUGGCAGUGGGGCGUCUUCAUCAGGACUUACCUGAGCUGGGAGGUCAGCGUGUCGCUCUCCAUCGGUUUCAAGACCAUGGACUUCCCCGCCGUCACCAUCUGCAAUGCCAGCCCCUUCCAGUAUUCCAAAGUCAAGCAUUUGCUGAAGGAUCUGGAUGAGCUCAUGGAAGCGGUCCUGGAGAGGAUCCUGGCUCCCGAGCAGAGCUACGCCAACGCCACUAGGACCCUGAACUUCACCAUCUGGAACGACACGCCGCUGGUUCUGAUCGACGAGCGGAAGCCCAGCCGCCCGGUGGUCCUUGACCUCCUUGGGGAUGUCCACAAUGGCUCAGCAAGCAGCAGCUCAGCGCCAGGAAGGACCUGCACUGCCCAGGGGUGCAAAGUGGCCAUGAGACUAUGCCGCCUCAACGGGACCGUGUGCACUUUCCGGAAUUUCACCAGCGCCACCCAGGCCCUGAUGGAGUGGUACCUCCUGCAGGCCACCAACAUCUUCUCGCAAGUGCCCAGGCACAAGCUGGUGGAGAUGGGCUACCCCGCCGAGCGGCUGAUCCUGGCCUGCCUGUUCGGGCCCGAGCCCUGCAACUACAGGAACUUCACAUCCAUCUUCCACCCGGAUUAUGGCAACUGCUACAUAUUCAACUGGGGCAUGACAGAGAAGGCGCUCCCUUCUGCCAACCCCGGAGCUGAGUUUGGCCUGAAGCUGAUCCUGGACAUAGGCCAGGAGGACUACGUGCCCUUCCUCACGUCCACGGCCGGUGCCCGCCUGCUGCUUCAUGGGCAGAGGUCCUACCCCUUCAUCAAAGACGAGGGCAUCUACGCCAUGUCAGGGACAGAGACAUCCAUCGGGGUGCUGGUGGACAAGCUGGAGCGCAAGGGGGAGCCCUACAGCCAGUGCACCGUGAACGGCUCCGACGUCCCCGUACGGAACCUCUACAGCGACUACAACACGACCUACUCUAUCCAGGCCUGUAUUCGCUCCUGCUUCCAAGAGCACAUGAUCCAGAACUGCAGCUGUGCCCACUUCCUGUACCCACUGCCCCAUGGGGAGAGAUACUGCAACAACCGCGAGUUCCCAGACUGGGCCUAUUGUUACUCGCACCUGUGCAUGAGCGUGGCCCAGAGGGAAACCUGCAUCAACAUGUGCAAGGAGUCCUGCAAUGACACCCAGUACAAGAUGACCAUCUCCAUGGCCGACUGGCCUUCUGAGGCGUCUGAGGAUUGGAUUUUCCACGUCCUGUCUCAGGAGCGGGACCAAAGCACCAAUAUCACCUUGAACAGGAAGGGAGUCGUCAAGCUCAACAUCUACUUCCAAGAAUUCAACUAUCGCACCAUUGAGGAGUCAGCAGCCAAUAACAUUGUUUGGCUGCUCUCAAACCUGGGCGGCCAGUUUGGCUUCUGGAUGGGGGGCUCGGUGCUGUGCCUCAUCGAAUUCGGAGAGAUCCUCAUCGACUUUGUGUGGAUCACCAUCAUCAAGCUGGUGGCCUUCGCCAAGAGCCUGCGGCAGAGGCGGGCCCAGGCUCACUAUGCUGGCCCGCCGCCCACCGUGGCUGAGCUGGUGGAGGCUCACACCAACUUUGGCUUCCAGCCUGAUGUGGCCAGGCCUGGCCCUGACCCUGGGACCUACCCUGAUGAGCAGACCCUGCCCAUCCCGGGCACCCCACCUCCCAACUAUGACUCCCUCCGUCUGCAGCCGCUGGACGUCAUCGAGUCUGACAGUGAGGGCGAUGCCAUCUAGACCCAAGAAGCCAACAUCAUGGCCCCAGGCUUCACUCUGGGGUGCUCUCUCCAAAGGGCCAGGAUGAUGGGAAUCUGAGGCCACAGUCUAUGUGUGUCCCUCAACAGAGAGACCAGCAGCUCCUGGCCAGUCCCAGGCCAAGGGCUCUGUAGGGUCACGGUGUGGGUACAGAUGUGGGUAAUGUGUACUCAUUUGGUUCCUGCCCACAUCCCCAACCUGACCUGAUCCUUGGCUGGGACGUCCCCAGCUUGGCUCCAGAGACCCUGGAACACUGUCCUCUGCAAACAGGCUAGUUUUUUCCCAGUGCCACUCACCGUUUGCUCCCGAGACAAACAGCUGGUCAUGCUGUGCUGUCUGUCCUCAGAAUGUUUUCUGUCCUGGCCUUGGCUGACCUCUGCCAAUGGGUUUAGUGAAGGCACCAACUGUGGAGAGCAGAAGAGCAUCAGGCCCAGGGGCGGGGUGGGGGGGCCUGCUGCCAGGUGGCCUGAGUUUUGUUCUAGAAAAUAAAAGUAGAACACAU